AAGUUGCAACAGUAAUUUAGUUAUUUUUCUUCCGGUUGCAUAUCGUUCAACUUCCGAGUCAAAUGCGUUAGUUCUAAAUCAAAAUACGGAGAGUUAGCAAGCGACUUUGUGGUGUUUUAAUGAAAUUGAUUAUUUUGGAUUUUAAAACCAGAAGCGUAUAGUAACAGAUGGCAGGUUUACCCCCCGGAGACCCGCAGUUGGUCUCUAUGAUCGUAAAUCAUUUGAAAACGCAAGGUCUUUUCGAUCAGUUUCGAAGGGACUGCUUGGCAGACGUGGAUACAAAGCCUGCAUACCUGAAUUUAAGACAACGUGUGGACAACUUUGUGUCCAAUCACCUCUCUAACCACACAUGGAGUCCUCACUUGAACAAGAAUCAGUUGAGAAACAACAUCAGACAGUUGGUGCUUCAGUCUGGGAUGCUAGAGCAGGGAGUUGACAGGAUAGUUGCUCAGGUGGUGGAUCCCAAAAUCCAUCACACCUUCAGGCCCCAGGUGGAGAGGGUGGUCCGUGAAUUCAUGUCCCCCGGCAGCUAUGUGGAUGAACCCCCAGUCCCGCCUGCUCCUGUAGAGGAGAACCAAGACUUUGACCUGCCAGUGCAAGCUCCUUCAUCUGCCCCUGCUACUUCAAUGGCCAGAGAUGCCAUGUCCAUCCUGGAUACCAUCACCACCCUGAACCAGGAGGCCAGCUCCCGGGCCAGCUCCAGUGGAGAGAAGGGCCUAAAGGGGGGCUCUGAGAGGGACCAAAACCCAGAGGAGUCGAUGCAGGAGUCUGAAGGAGGAGAGCAGGACAUGAGUCUGGUGGAGGAGGGAGAAGAGGACCAGGACAGGAAGACGCCGGAGAAAGAAGAGGAAGCAAAGCUUGUGUCAGAGGCCCAGGCUAUGGAGGUCAAAACAGAGGACGUACAGGAGCAGAUGGACUCUGAGAGAGAGGGGAUGAAGGGUGAGGGGGAAGAGGUUGGGACUCAAGAGGAGGCAGAAGAGAGAAAGGAGGGGAAGACCAUAGGAAAGCUCAAAGAUGAGGUACUGAACAAGGAUGUUGAUCCACUUCAGUUCCCCAAUGAGAAACACCAUAUCAAUCAGAAGGCCAGAGAGAGGUUAAAAGAAGAAUAUUCUCUAGAAGACUCUGACCUUGAUGGCCUCAGUGACAUUACUGUGAGCUCUGUCCACACCAGCGACCUGUCGUCCUUUGAGGAGGACAGCGAUGAUGAGCAGCCACCGUCAGAUUCUACAGAGGAUGGCGAGGUCUCAUCUGAAGAUGAAAAGUCAGAGAAAAAGAAGACCAAUAGAGAGGAAGACAAUGAGGAGAGCCCAGAGCGCAAGCCUCGUCGACAGGCCUACGUCCACAAGCCCUUCCUCUACUCCCGUUACUAUAGCGACUCUGAUGAUGAGGUCACUGUGGAGCAGCGUCGGCGGUCAGUGGCCAAGGACAAGGAAGAGAGGCUUUUCAAGAGACAGCAGAACAGGGAACGCAUGGAGGAGAAGCGUAGACAGAAGUCAGCUCAACUAGAAGACCAGGAGAGCAGGCAGCAGACCUCUUCCCCCAGCCUGGAAGCUCAGGAUCCCAGGGCUAAAGAGGCUCUCAAGGAAAAGAAGGUUCUUGAGAAGAAGAUGGCCCUCAGUAGGAAGAGGAAAUGGGACUCACGGAAAGAGGGAGAUGUUACAGGCAAGAGAAAGGGAGAUGCAGCAGGAGAGUUCAACAAAAAGGAAGAAGCAAAGGGUAUUUCCUCAAAGAGCUUUCAGCACAAGUCAAUCAGAAAAGUCUCUGAGUCUGCAGCAUCAGAAGAGAGGCACAGGAGGAAGAGUGUCAGCACUUCUGAGGAAUCUGGAGAACCUAGAAAGCUGACAGACAAAAGCCGGACACAUUCCUUUAUCCUGGACUUGGAGCAGGGAUCUGAGUCACCACUCAAACAGCGACCUGCUGGAAAGUUUGACCGGCUUUCCCGCAAAGAGUUAAACCCUAAAGAGCGCAAAGAGAAAGAGUGUAGCCUGUCGGACGAGCGCACCAAGCUUAAGCAAAAGUUGGAGAAGAGAGUAGUAGGUGAAUCCCACACAGAUGAACCUGAGCAGAAUGAAGGGGCCCACAUUGAAGUAUCCUCUGAUGACAAAGGGGAGAGAAAGUCCAAGGUGAAAGGUGACAGGAAAGUGUCAGUGAAUGCCAGGGAAGGUAGGGCAUCUGUGUCAGAAGGAGGUGUCUCUGACGAGGGGUCUAGCAAGGAAGCCACAACCAAGAAAGGGAAGGUUCCAUCAGUUGAAGCUGCCAAAGUUGAGAAGGAAAAGAACAGGGAAAAUGAGAAGGAAAGGGAGAAAACCAAAGCAGAGAAGAUUCCAUUAAAAACUGACCCUAGGCAGUUACUCCGUCCGGAUUCCACCGGCUCUUCUGAGGAAAGGUCUGAUAUGGAGCCUGGAUCAGAAAGCAUCAAGAAAAAGGAUAAACACCCCAAAGAAGUCCUCAAGAGGUCAAAGAGCCACACAGAGGACAAACAUGUAGAAAAACCCAAGUCUAAGCCAGACAUUGAGAAGGAGAAACCCAGAACAGAACAUGUUACGCAGGAAAACCAGAAACCAAGUAAGUCCAGCUCUGAAACUGACAAAGACUCCAGAAAGUCCAGGGAGGCAGAGCCUGGAAUGAAGGUAAAGGUCAUGGAAAAGUCCAGAUCCAAGUCAAGGGAGGAUAAGAAAGCUCAAGGUUUGGAGGUCAAAAACAAAGGUAGCACCUCAGGCAGUAGACCUGAUGCAUCGAAGGAAAGAAAAAGAGAGGGAAGCAUGAAGGAGCAAAGGAAGGACACUCAGGAAAACCCAUCAGAGAAAAUGGAAGGCAGGAGUGGGAAGAAAAUGGUUGAUAAAAAGGCCCAAAACCCAGAGAAGAAAGAGACCCAGGAUGAGAGAAAAGGACGUAAAGCAGAUGAAAAGUCGGAUAAAUCCUCAAUCUCCUCACCUGCUCCAGAUAUUACGGAACCUCCUCUGAAGAAAGACCCUCAAUCCAAAGACGCAAGCACAGACUGGGAUCCCACCGACGCCACCAUUACCACCUCUGCCUCUGUUACCUAUGAUGCUUUGAGUGACGUCACCCCUGAACUGGAGGAUGAUGACGGUGAAAUGCCACUCGGUGAGGUAGAACCACGUCCUUUGACAACUGGGGCAGAUGCUCUUCUGACUUUGAUGGACAUCUGUACCUCAGCAGAUGCAAGACUAGGCCAAGGAAGUGACAUCACUGGGGCCAUGCAGCGAGAGGCCUGCCCAGAGCUCUCCUUCCAAGAAGCAGACAUAAAGAUGAAAGAGGCAGCUCUGACCCUGCUUUCCAUGGACCCUGAGAGUAUACUAUCUCCUACCUUAGUCACUCCAGCUACACAGGAAGUCACAGAGGCAACCAUACUUGCUCUGCAGCGGAAGGAAACUACUAAACCUGUUGCAAAAGAUCAGGAAGAUUCUGAGCAUGUUCUGGAAAUGGUCGAAAGUGAUCUAACAGCUACUGCCCCAUCAGAGAAAAUGGAUGAACAGUCAAGGAGCCAAGUCAAUGUUCUGGCCACCGAUGUUCUCGACACAAGGGUGAAAGAUACGGUGGUGUCAACAUGGACAUUAGUUGAAGGGAUGUCACAGGAAAGUAAAGCUACUGUUGACAGAGAUGAGGAAAAACCAGGCCAUGCUGAUGUUCCUGAGCAAGAGCCCGUAUUGGGACCAUCAGUCGACAAACAAUAUGAGACUCAGACUGAGAAGACAAAACUGCUGGCCAUGGAACAUGAGUGUCAGGUUAAGAUGGACAUUGAUAACAUUAAUAAAGACCAGACUGAAGCACAAGAGGAAAAGGAAGUCCCUGAGUCUAGGAAGUGUGACACACCUGAAAAGCCAAGGGAGACUCGACGUGGUCGGCCAUCAAAGCUGGUCAAACAAGCCAGCAAUGCAUCCAAGUCAGACGGACAAGAGGACGAGAAAGGAUCCGACCUGUCUGAAAUGGAGGACAAAAUGGAGGGAAGAGUAACCCGCAAAGGAAGGCUAUCCGGUCAGAAAGCUACCACGGCCAAAGACUCCGGUAUGGAGAAAAAUGAAAAUGACAGUCGAGAGCAGCAGUCCAAGCUGUCUGUGGAAGUGAGUAAAGACAAUGCGGGUGAAAAGGCCACAGAAUCCAGAACGCCACGCAGAGGACGCUCGUCUAAAACCUUGGCGGAUGAGGAGGAACUUAAAGAGCCUGAGAAAGUGGAGGAGACUCCGCCUCGCAGAGGCAGACGGUCAGGUGCCCAGGCCAAAGACUCCACCACAGGAAACCAGGAGAAAGAGGAGGAAGAGAAAACAGGAGAGACAUCAUUGGAAAAGCCAAAGGAGAAACAGGAGAUUCAUCCCCCUCUUCAAAAAGAUGAGGAGGAGGAGAAGAGUGAGCAGAAGAGAGGCAGUAGACGGGGAAGACCAGCUAAACCUUCAAUCUCCAAGCCAAAGACAAAUGAAGAUGCAGAAAGCUCUCAUUCCAAGGAGACCAUUGAUACUCAUGCAGAAAGCUCUCAUUCCAAGGAGACCACUGAUACUCGCAAACCUGCAGUGAAGAGGAAGAGGUCUGAGGAAUCUGGGGAGGGGACCCAGCCUGAGGAGGAGGAGGAGACCCAGCCUGAGGAGGAGGAGGAGGAGACCCAGCCUGAGGAGGAGGAGGAGGAGGAGACCCAGCCUGAGGAGGAGGAGGAG